AAAUCAAGGCCUACAAGGUCGCCUAACGGAGGAGCGGGCUACUUCGAAGGGUUCAGGUUUUUGUCGUGUCACACAAAAUACCUUUCGGCCAGACACCAACCACUACAUGUUAUUGUGUUACUCAGACUCAUGUGUACUUAUUUACUAGCUUUUUAUUUACUUUGUUCUGCAACUUCUGUUUCUCCAUUACUGUCUGAAGAAAAUCCCAAAUACAACCUUCAGAUCGAAGAACAUGCGGUUUUGGACAAGUUGGAUAGUUCAGUUGUUAGUGUAUUCUCAAAAUCAGGUCAAAAGUUCUCCUGCUCAUGGGAUACUGACGGUUAUGUCUCACCCGAAAACGCCACUUUGCAGUUGUCUAGCAGAGUUGUGCAUUCAUUACUGACCAUGUUUAAUGCCUUUGAUUGCCUCACAAUGAAAGGAGGUUGGUGGACCUAUGAAUUUUGUUUCCGAAAGCAUGUUAUUCAGUAUCAUGAUGAAUCUAGGGAAACAUCGGAAACUCUUCUCGGACUUUUCGAGUCGGAAUUCAACUGGGAUAAUUCUUCAGAGAAACCCAAAUACCACAGUCAGUUUUAUUCCAACGGAAGUAUUUGUGACUUGACGAAUAUGCCUCGGAAAACAGAAGUACAGUUUGUCUGUGAAAAUUCACAAACGUUUCAUAUAAUAUCUGUUGAAGAGCCUGAAUCAUGUUCGUAUCUGUUAAAAAUAUCAACCCCAAGUUUGUGUGGAAAUUCACAUUUCGCUGCCAGGUUUUCGAUCAAGCCGCACGACAUCACUUGCCGCCCAACUCUCAGCGGACCAGAUUACUACCGUUACAAUGCCUUAAAUAAAGCAAGAGAUCAAACUCCUCAGUCACCCUUGGUUACUGUGUCUCAAACUUUCAGUUCAUCUUCAAAACGUCUAUUUACCUACAAAAAUAUAUAUGAUAAAGUUCUUAAAAACCGACUCAAGCUUAAAUUAAGAUCGAUCAGGCGCUCAACAGGAAAAUUCCUUAAAUCUUUUAAAAGAUUAUCAGCCUUCUACAAAAAGCAAAACCUUAAGUCUCCAUGGAGUUCUCAUAGAGUCUCACUGAGUUCUUUAUCUUUGCUCGACAUAAAAGAAGCCAGUUUAUACAACCUUUGGCUUCACAGUGUUUCGCUUAGUUCAGAUAUCUCAAAUCUUACAUCUGUUCUAGUAGAAAAGAGUAGAAUAUCUCACCGUCCUGUUCCUUUGGAUAUUGUGAAAAUAGCUAUCAUUGUAACUAAGACCGUUAUUUCGGAAUUAGAGGGCUAUGAACAAUUGCUUAAUACGUCUCAUACUACACCUAUUCAAGCUAUGGAGAUGAUGCGUGUAUUUAAUCUAAGUGAUGUCCACGAAUCUAUCAGUCGUAUUUGGCUUGAACUUUUUACUUGUACAGAUCCUAAGGUGGCUCACGCAAUGUUAUCCACCGUGAUUCAUGUUUACAAAAAACACAACUUAGACAUACCAACUGUUGAAGAUAUACCUUUUCCCCGUCUGCCUAAACAAUUGAGAAAUAGUGCAAAACUCUCAUACCUAAAAUAUAAAUCAGACUUCACAUUUUCAAACAAUAAAGACGACAACAAAUUUAAAAUCGUACAGCACAGUGAAAAAGUGAUGAAUAAUCCUCUGAGUUAUGAAGAAUACUCGAAGCUAUUUGAUAUGAUGGAAAAAGCAAGAAAUUUUAUUAGUCUUUCCUUGGGGAAUUUAAAAUUAAGUGUUAAGAAGCUUUUCUAUUUUCACAGCAAAAUAAAGGCCAGUAAUAAUAUCGAAAAACGAUUGAAACAAGCGUUUUCCAAUAUGUUUCCUAAUUCAAAUAUCAAAGUAGUUGUGAUACAAGGUGAUGAUGGUAUUAUGAAAGAUAAACGUAAUGAGGUUGCUGAAGAUCAAUGGUUUAACAAUCUUUUACCAUCUCUUAAACAACGGGAAGUUAUAGAGAUUAUGCAGAAAGUUGUAACUAACUUAGAUCCUGAAAUAUUGGACGAACUGGACAUAGUUCAAAAACCAGGAAAUCAAGCUGGUUUAUCUACGUAUUAUAUUAUGCCUGGUGGACCUAAAAAAAAGGAAGAGAAGCGUGUCAGGAAACUUGAACAAAAUUAUCACUUCACUUUCCAUUAAAUCAACAAACAAUUCGCUAAUAUUGAUCGAUAGCCUAAAAUUGUAUUCCGUCAGUAAUCUCUUAUCGUAUGUACCUCUUUCAUUUUGUUUUUCAGUCUCUUUCUAUCCUCAUAAUUUGUAAUUAUGUAAUUCAGAAUAUGUUAAUAUCUACAUUUGACGAAUCGUUUUUAAAACUUUAUGCUAAUAUUAUUGUUAACACAGUAAUUUUUUGCUGCUAAUAUGAAUAUGGUUUUAUCUUCACUUCUUUUAUUUUUACAAAAAAAUUAUUAUUUGUUUUCGUUGGUAUGUUAGCUUCAGUUUCCUUUACAAGCUCAUCAUUGAUCACAACGCUUGGUUGUCCAUUUUCUUCAAAUGAUCUAUUUCUAGUAAUGGAAAUUAUUAUGAUGUGUAAAUAUGUAUGACCUAUGUGAAGUGUUGAACUGUAUUUUCUUUCCUAAGAAUUAUUUUUGUUUGUAAAAUUAAUCAGGAUGCAAUUCAGAACCGAAUAAUAAAAUAAAUUAACCUAUCUAAUCAAAUUCGUGUAUUUUCUCUCUAAGCAGCACUUUAACAAGAGGUGCGGGAAAGACGAAAACUGUUUCAACUCCACCUAAGGUGUCAUUAGGCCCCAAAGAUAUCCG